AUGAAAUCGAGACACAAUGCAGUCGAUGUCGGCACUAAUCGGGAAGAACCUGCCAGAUGGCAACAAUCCGACAAGAACAGAUUAUCCACCCUGCCGACCGGUGACAGGUCUAACCUGCUCCGGUGUCACGCGGCCAAGUCAGCGGAAUGUGGUCACAGUUCGCCGCGGCCGCGCCGAGUCCCGCGCGAGUCCCGCCGCAUAUCACUCGCACAGGCCCCGGGAUACGUGCAACUUAACCAGUACAGACUACUCGAACCUAUUGGACAGGGUUCAUACGGUAUCGUCAAGUUAGCUUACAACGAAGAAGAUGACACACAUUAUGCUAUGAAGAUUCUGUCAAAACGCAAACUAAUGCGAAGAGCAGGUUUAUUCGGAAGGGCGCCUCCCCGCACCGGACCCCGGGGCCCACCACCAGACCCUUUACAGAGGGUUUACCGGGAAAUCGCUGUGCUUAAGAAACUCGAUCAUCCUAAUGUUGUUAAACUAGUUGAAGUGUUAGACGAUCCAGCGGAAGAUCAGCUGUACCUGGUAUUUCAGCUUCUGGAAGGCGGUCCUGUGAUAGACAUCCCUACUGAUAACCCUCUGACUGAAGAAGUUGCCAGAAGGUACUUCAGGGAUGCCCUGUUAGGAGUAGAAUACUAUGUCGUUGCAGAAUUCAAGAGGUCACAAGCUGGUGGAUCUCGUAACGCAAAAGUUAUCAACAUAACAGAUCAGGACUUACAACAGUCACUUGAGCUUGAGGGUUCCAGGUGUACUGGAUUAUUUUCGGACGUAGACAUUGAUGGUCGAGUAUCUGUGUUUUCGCCAGUCAUUGAGGUCUUUGAUCAGGAAAAAUCCCACAUUCCAGAGCCUAAUGAUAUUAUAGUAAAUCCUACUAAUAUGAGUAGCCAAACUUACCUUAUCAUUCCAUACACAGAAGAACCAAGUACCUCAGAUCAUAACGUGGAUGAAGGUGAUAUAAGAACAACUGACCUAUGCUCGAGCAACAAUACUUUUGAACACGUACGAAAAGUAGAAGAAACGACAUUAGUAUUGGAGCCUACGACGCUAGAAGGGAAUAGCGAAAAACUGACAGAUUACCUACAAGGAGAUAUUACAACGAGUUCCAUACAAGGAGUUGCUGUAGAAGAUCCAAAUUGUUUAGAGAUAACGAGUAACGUAACGGAAAAUGUAGCUAAUCAACAGUCAGGGAGACCCAGAAGAGGACAAUUUAACCUGAGAUUCAAAAAACCUCAGAUAGAUACAUGUCUACGUUGUGAUCGCUUUAAAGCAAGCAUAUCAAGCACAACAGACACUGCGGAAAUUGAGCAGUUAAAAAAUGAACAUAAAGCCCACAUAGAUCACGCGUAUAAAUUGAGAGACCAAAUGAAAACUGAUUUGGCUCGUGCUAAAACUGAGGAUUCACUGGAGACUCUAACCUUUGAUCUCGAAAAAACUCACUGCUUGCCUCGUUUACCCACAAGUAUUGUUUAUUAUAAGAGACAACUCAAUUUACAUAAUCUCGGCAUACAUUGUGGUAGUUCUGGAAAAGGCUAUUUUUACAUUUGGUUGGAACAUGAAGCUGGUCGUGGGACUCAAGAGGUGGGAUCUUGUAUAAAAAAGUUCAUCAAUGAUCACUUAAAAUCUAGUGCUUCGGAACUAAUUCUGUGGGCGGAUUCAUGUGGCGGGCAAAAUCGUAGCAUUAAAAUGAUACUUAUGUUGUUACACGUUCUUCACAAAAAUAACAACUUGCAAAAAAUAACGGUUAGAUUUUUACAACCUGGUCAUACUUACCUUCCCAAUGAUUCAGAAUUUGGAGAUGUUGAAUGCGCCUUAAAGUCUCAUAAUCGCCUAUAUACUGCAGAGGACUACAUCAGCGUUAUGAAAAAUUGUAGGAGAAAAAAUAAAUUUGUUGUCGCAAAACUUCAAAAAGAUGAUUUUUACUCGGUAGUACCUCUUCAAGAACGUGUUACAAAUAGAAAAAUUGACACAGAGAAACAAAAAAUAUCGUGGCUAGAAACUUUCGAAAUUGAGCUGCGUAAAAAUGAUGCUCAAAAUAUCUUUAUUAAAUCAAAGCUUGACGACGACUGCAAAAUAGUUAACAUAUCAAAAGGUGCUAAAGGUCGCAAAGUAAGGCCUAAUUUUGAAAUGGAACUUCCUAUACUUUACCCAGAAGGUCGUGAACUGUCUAGUGCGAAAGUUAAAGACCUGAAAGAAAUGAUGAAGUUGAUCCCCGCCGAUGCCAAACCAUUCUACAACUUCAUCAAGAACGUUAGGUCAAGCGAUUUUAUAGAUGAUACAGAAGGCUUUGGAAGUGCUAUUGAUUUUGAAAUUGAGACCAACAUAGAUGAGUAA